AUGCAGUCACUUCUUUUCGUUCUCGCUGCUGUCGCAGCUCUUGUCACUCCCGGCCUUUCAUGGAGCUUCCCUGGCACUUUCCCUGUAGUGAGGAGGGAAUCUAUUGAACCUGGCAGUCCCUUGUAUGAAUGCCAUGCCAAUUGCGGUGGCGUCAUUCUUAUCUCCCAAGACAGCGAUGAUUACUGCUCCAAUUCAACCUACAAGUCCGAGCUCAGUGCUUGCCUGAAGUGUGCUUUGACAUACAACAUCUGGCAGUACUACGGCGACGACGUGAAGUCUGCAGCCGAGGCUUGCGGAGACAGUGCCACUCCUAGUGCAUCUUCCGCUACCGGCGCUGCAGCCACUGCAACAGCUGCCUCCAAUAGUUCUGCUACAAACUCUGGGAAUAUGGCAACCAUCACUUCCACGGCUACACGGAGUAGCUCUGCUCCGUCGGCAACGUCUACUUCCGCUGCUAAUACGUUGCUCGGUUCCAACGCAUUGGUCUUGGUGUUAGCUGCUGCGGCCGGAGUAGGGGCUUUGAUGUAG